GACCUUGAAGUUGAUGAGAUGUUCUGUGUAACACUCCGCCUGCGGUAGAUGUGCUGAGGCCGGGUGAACCGCCAUUUUGAAUGUCAGGUUUGUUUCUCCCUCCGUCUCAAAGAGAGAAGAUUCAAAUUUCUUAUUGGUGUCAUUACGGCUGAGGAUGCCAGCUCCGAUCAGACUCCGGGAGCUGAUCCGGACCAUCCGGACGGCUCGCACCCAGGCCGAGGAGCGGGAGAUGAUCCAGAAGGAGUGCGCUGCUAUCCGGUCUUCUUUCAGGGAGGAGGACAACACGUACCGCUGCAGGAACGUGGCCAAGCUCCUCUACAUGCACAUGCUGGGCUACCCCGCACACUUCGGACAGUUGGAGUGCCUGAAAUUGAUCGCUUCUCAGAAGUUCACAGACAAGCGGAUAGGGUACUUGGGGGCCAUGUUGCUGCUGGAUGAGAGACAAGACGUCCACCUGCUAAUGACAAACUGCAUCAAGAAUGAUCUGAACCACAGCACGCAGUAUGUGCAGGGCCUGGCUCUCUGCACCCUGGGCUGCAUGGGCUCGUCAGAGAUGUGCCGGGACCUGGCUGGGGAGGUGGAGAAGCUGCUCAAAACCUCAAACUCCUACCUGAGGAAAAAGGCUGCUCUGUGUGCCGUUCACGUGAUCCGGAAGGUUCCCGAGCUGAUGGAGAUGUUCCUCCCGGCAACCAAAAACCUGCUCAGCGAGAAGAACCAUGGUGUUCUUCACACGUCUGUGGUUCUGCUCACAGAGAUGUGUGAAAGGAGUCCAGACAUGCUCUCGCACUUUCGAAAGCUGGUCCCCCAGCUGGUCAGAAUCCUAAAGAACCUCAUCAUGUCCGGGUACUCACCGGAGCACGACGUGUCGGGCAUCAGCGACCCCUUCCUGCAGGUGCGGAUAUUGAGGUUACUCAGAAUUCUGGGUCGGAGCGACGACGAUUCCAGCGAAGCGAUGAACGACAUCCUCGCGCAGGUUGCGACCAACACAGAGACGAGUAAAAACGUGGGGAACGCGAUCCUCUACGAAACUGUCCUGACCAUAAUGGACAUCAAAUCGGAAAGUGGGCUGAGGGUUUUAGCUAUUAACAUCUUGGGGCGCUUCCUCCUAAACAAUGACAAAAAUAUUAGGUAUGUGGCAUUGACGUCCUUGCUGAAGACGGUACAGACGGACCACAAUGCAGUGCAGAGACAUCGGAGCACUAUUGUAGACUGUUUGAAAGACCUGGAUGUGUCCAUCAAGAGACGCGCGAUGGAGCUGAGCUUCGCGCUGGUGAACGGCAACAACAUCCGCGGCAUGAUGAAGGAGCUGCUGUACUUCCUGGACUCCUGCGACCCAGAUUUCAAAGCGGACUGCGCGUCGGGAGUCUUCCUCGCUGCCGAGAAGUAUGCCCCCUCGAAGCGAUGGCACAUAGACACGAUUAUGAGGGUCCUAACGACGGCGGGCAGCUACGUCCGGGACGACUCGGUUCCCAACCUCAUCCAGCUCAUCACCAACAGCGUGGAGAUGCACGCCUACACGGUGCAGAGGCUGUACAAAGCGCUGCUGGACGACAUCUCUCAGCAACCCCUGGUGCAGGUGUCCUCCUGGUGCAUAGGGGAGUACGGAGACCUGCUGGUGUCGGGACAGUGCGAGGAGGAGGAGCCCAUCCAGGUGACGGAAGACGAGGUGCUGGACGUGCUGGAGGGGCUCCUGGUGUCCAACCUGUCCUCCCCCGUCACCCGGGGUUACUCCCUCACCGCAAUCAUGAAGCUGUCCACGCGCUUCAGCGGCGUCAACCGAAUCAAGAAGGUGGUGUCCAUAUACGGCAGCAGCAUCGACGUGGAGCUGCAGCAGCGGGCGGUGGAGUACAACGCACUUUUCAAGAAAUACGAUCACAUGAGGCCUGCCUUACUGGAGAGAAUGCCCGUGAUGGAGAAGACUGCCACCAACGGGCCGACGGAGAUAGCGCAGACCAACGGGGAGGCGGAGCCCUCUGCCCUGGACUCCAAAAACCUGCCCGCUGUCACACAGCCCACGAGCCAGGCUAACGAUCUGUUAGACCUCCUUGGAGGAAAUGAUGUCGUGCCUGUGAUCCAGACGGCCCCGCCCACAAAGCCUGCAUCUGCUGGAGGGGAACUGCUGGACCUGCUGGGCGAUCUCUCACUAUCAGGUGGGCCGACCCCUGCUCCGGCCCCGCCCGUGUCCAUCCCUCAGCCCGCCUUCCUGCUGGACAGCCUCACCUCUCCGCCCCUCUUUAAUGACAUCACUGCAGCUAUUCCACCAAUGACGGCGUACAACAAGAACGGGCUGAAGAUCGAGUUCACGUUCGAAAGGUCAAACCCCAACCCCAACAUCGCCGUCAUCACCAUUCACGCCUCCAACACCACCGAGGCGGAGAUGACCGACUUCGUGUUCCAGGCUGCAGUACCAAAGACGUUCCAGCUCCAGCUCCUCUCCCCCAGCAGUAACAUCAUCCCGGCACUCAACCAGGGAACCGUCACACAGGUCAUCAAAGUGCUCAACCCCCAGAAGCAACAACUGCGAAUGAGGAUCAAGCUCACGUACAACCACAAAGGGUCCUCAGUGCAAGACCUGGCCGAGGUCAACAACUUCCCCCCCCAGUCCUGGCAGUGAUGGCCUGCGGGCCCCGCCCCCUCUCUCCCCUUUUCAAGGGAACUAUGGGGAAGGUACCAAACCCCCUCGCCCCUCCCCAAACCCCACCCCUCCUCCCCUAAAUCGAUCUCCCUGUGACAUCACUGCGGACUGCUACACUGGGGUCGCACAGGGAAACAAUGGAAUCUUUCUGACACACAGCGAUGAUGCGACGCCGUCGCCGACGGUGACGGUGACUAGGACGAUGUCAGCGAAAAUUGGAAACAUAUCCAUUUACCCCCCCCCCCCCACUUUUUUUUUUUUUGUUUGUUGUUGAUUUGUUUCACCUCUGUCUCUGCUCGCAAUAGGCACUGCUUUCACCCCCACCUCUCCUUUUGCACGUGCACUCGAAACACGUUCUCUUUCUCUGGCCCCUCCCCCAGCCUCGUGGGAAGUUGAGCCAUCCAGGCCACUGUAGAAAGAGCCCCCCUCCCCACUCCCCCCACCCCUCGUUUGACAUGAGCAGUCAUCACUGUCUGAUUGUCUUCUGGUUUUGUUUGGUUUCAUGUUUUUAUCUGAAUCUGGAAAUGUAAAAUGUUGGGAUAUAUUUGAUUCUUGUUUUCAGCUUUUAAUGAAAUGCAGCUGAGCUCUUUGGAGUUUGCACUUUGAUCCACUCUGUCCACCAUGCAGAAUUAAGGAAGUUUGGUUUCUUAACUGGGCUCUAAAAUCUUGUGCAUGCUUGUGCGUGCGCGUGUGCUUCUGUGUGUGAGCGUGUGUGAGCGUGCUUGUGGGUGUGUAUGCGUGCGUGCACGUGAGUGCAUGCGUGUGUGUGCGUGCGUGCGUGCGUGUGUGCGUGUGUGUGUGUCUGCAUGUGUUUGUGGGCGUGUGUGCACGCGGGGUUGGGUUUGGUGUCGGAGCAGUUCAUCUUUUUCAAGGUUUGGUGUUUGAGAUCCUAACUUAUUUUGUGUAAUGAAGAGUACCUGUGCCCUGCUCUCUGUGUCAUGUUAAACACAACGCUUCUGUUGGGUCCCAGGAUCCAGUUUGCACUUUUACCGGGUUUGCCCCAUGCAGGUUCUCCCUGAAAUGUUGCAGUUUGUCAGUGUGAGAGUCUGUCCAUCCUGCUUUUAAGAAUCCAGACCGUAACGUUCAUCUACUGUAGCAACUGUAACGGUUGACCCUCUCAGCAGUUGAAAUGGUUGUGGAAGGAGAGGACCUGAAGUCGAUUUGACUUGUCUGGUUCCCCCAUGUGAGUCUUGAGUGCAGCUUCUGAACAAUAAUGUAUAAUAAUCUUAAAGGGAAACCAGAAAUUAAUUUAUCCCCUUGAGAAAUAAAAAAAAAUUGAAGUCUCUUUAUUUGUUGAACUUGUGUGGAUAAAGCACAUCUGUUCUGUGAGGAGUCUUGAUUUGGGAGUGUACUCAGUGUUGACUGUUUUAUGUCCUGUCCAGUCUACUAAAUCAGCUUGUUUUUUUCCCCUUUUUUCCACCAUGAGAGAUUUUCGGAACACCAGAACAAGGUCAAGUCUGCUCUCUCUCCCAUCUUGCAUUUUUCUGCCGUUUUUGAUGUAUGCUGUAUCAUAAACCUUUUUGGUUUCAAGCGUAAUCCAGUAAAAAAAAGAGAAAAAAUGAUCUGCAUUUUUUUAACGCCCUUGUCUGGUAGUCGUUCAGGAUCACUGUCAAAUUUUUCUUCUUUGUCCGAAGAAUGUUUUAAUAGUUUAAAGAUGGAAACCGCUGAAAGAGUGGAGACAUCCGUGAGUCGAUUUGAAUAGUUUGCAGGGCUGUUAAUGUUGGUCGCGGAGUAAGCCGUGUUUUAAAUAAAGAUUUCAGCACGGUGUCAGCGAAUCACAGAUCAGAUCUCUUUAAUAUCAAGCGGUUCUGAUGCCAGUUGAAACUACAGAUAUGUUGUCAUGAAUACAAGCCCAGCUGCGCGACUGGUUUUGGUGUCAGACUGACUGUUUUGGGUUGUGGAGCCGUGUCCUGCGUACGCCCCCCCUCCCCUCCCCAGCGGUCUGCGUAGGACCCCCCCCCCGUCUCCUGGGCGUAGCCACACACGCUAGCGGUGUGUGAGCUGGUGAAUGUAGCGCCGUGCGCAGCUCUUCGCUUCCCUCCGUUUCUGUUCCGUGGCUUCUCCUCUCCGUCUGGUCCUCUUCGUCGUGAAGGAAGCCGGCGGGCCUUGUUCUUAGCUGCCGCGCUGCGGUCGGUCAAGGACUUCCUGCAAAAUAAUGCCCGGUGUCAAAGCUGCCACGCCGCGGACGGUCAAGGACAUCCUGCAAAAUAAUGCCUGGUAUAUCAAAGCUAUGUGCCUUUUGCCGUUUGGGCAAACGUUGUUGGGUUUGGUGGCCCGUGCUUUUUGGCCGGAGGUUCAGGCAGCCGUAGACGGAUGUCAGGUGAUGGUUGAGUUGCCUAGCAACGAACAGAGCUCAGAAGAGACGGACGAGCGUGAGAGAACUUUUGCUGUUGCAGAGAAAGCUUUUGAAAACGUGUCCAAUAUCAGGUGUUUUUUUUUUUCUCUUCUCUUUUCUUUUUGCUCUGCCCUCGGUUGCAGUACUUCACCAAAACUAAACCAUGAAUGACACUGUUGGAAACGGAAGUGGUCAACUGAAUACCUCAUAGUUAUUUUUUUCAGUGAACUCUUUCACAUCAAUCAUUAGACCUGCUCAUGCAAAAAACUAUGUCCACUAUCAUGGGUACAUCAAUAGGACACCAUUUUACACUUUGCUAACCUGCUCUUUUUUUAAAUGUUACCCUGUGUCUACAGAUGCACCCAUAUUUAAUUUCAUCUACUGGAAUGAUGUUUUGCUUUCACAUGCAUUAGUCUGUACUAACUUUUAACCUUUGUGACCAAAUCAGAGAUUCUAUUUAGCUUUGGAUAUUAAAUCUUCUCAAGCAAUGAUCUGUAUAUGGAGAAAUCUGACUUAACAUUUGUUUCUGUUUUUUUGUUGUUUUUUUGUCUUGACUGAAUGACUACAUUCUGUCCUAGUGUUUGGUAUAAAACUGAGAGGCUGUGUAACUGUAGAAAUUGUCCAAUGCUCAUCCUUUGGUGGAGAUCAGCUCUUUUCUAAGAGUUUGUUUCAGAAUUGCUCACGGUUUGUGUUGAAAUAGAUCUAAGUUAAUAUCAUAGCCUGGAUGAUUUCUCUGAUUCCAUGUAAUUUGAAAAAAAGAUCACAAUAUAUGCUGCCUGUAUAUUGUACAUAACUGUAAAACGAACAAGCAAAUUACAUUGAAAAUAAAGUUAACUAUUCAAAGACCCGGUUACAGAUUUAGUUAGGUUAAGUCGUUAUUUAACCAGUAUGUGUAGUUAUUUGAAGGGAGAGGUUUUUUUCUUCCAUGGUAUUUACAUUAUUUUGCCCCAUGUACCUUUAAAAGUUUCUAGUUUUUCCCCAAUGAGUUGAAACUGAAUUCGCAAAAAAAAAAAAAAAAAAGAAGUCCUUUGUUACACUCUGGUUGCAGGUAACAGGACAUUCCAGAUUUAGAUGGCAAUUUGAUACGUUCAGCCUCAUUUUGUGCUCCAAAUUUAUAAUAAAAAACAUGUUACAUUCUAACAUACGUUAUUUUGCUACAGUCAAACCAAUGGGAGUCAAAUUUAAGUAAUGCACAAGACGCCUUGUUCCUUUGGAUGACUGUUCGGUGUGGGUUCUGGUGGAUGGCUGGAAUUGGAGGGUUGCGGUAGAUCUAAAGUGCGUUCGGAGUGAUUUACUACUGAUGAACUUGAUGAGCCCAGUUCUGUAGCGGCGCACAAGAUGCAGACUGCUUGUCUGUAUCGGUGAUUGGCUCAUGUUGUUUACAUUCUCUUCAUCAAAGGUACCCAGGGUUCUACAAGCCUCUCUC